AUGACCUAUGGUCACUUCAGCCUUCUGGUCGUGGGUAUACUAGCGAUCAGCCUCGUCUCGCAAUAUUUCCAUGGAGGACUGAACAAAUACCCCGGCCCAUUCAUCGCCAAUUUCACCCAUCUCUGGCGGUUCCACGAUGUUCUUCGUCGCCGGCCAGACAUCACGCAUCUCCGUUUGCACCGGAAAUUCGGCGAUAUAGUGCGUCUGGGCCCAAAUGUCCUGUCCUUCGCAGACCCAAACGCACUCAAGGCGAUCUAUGGACUGAACAAAGGAAUGUCCGACUUCUAUCCCGUGCAGAUGUCCACCUCCAAAGGCGAGCCCCUUCCGUCCCUCUUCUCCGCCACGGACGAGAAGUUCCAUGCCAAUCUGAGACGCAGCGUCAACAAUGCGUUUUCUAUGACCUCUUUGGUUCAGUAUGAGCCCAUGAUCAAUGAUACCACUCAGGUGUUCCUGGACCAGACCGAGAGGUUAUUUGCUGCCGAGGACAAGCCAUGUGAUUUUGCACGCUGGCUGCAGUUCUUUGCUUUCGAUGUCAUUGGCAGCAUCACGUACAGCAAGCGACAUGGCUUUAUUGACAAGAACGAGGAUGUCGAUGAUAUCGUCGCCCAGCUUGCGCGCAUUUUUGACUACGCUGGUCCGAUUGGUCAAAUGCCGUGGCUGGACAAGCUCCUCUGGAAAAACCCGCUUCUGGACUGGCUGUCUAAAUGGGGACUCCUCGACAAUUCCUUCGCGGUGGCCAUCUUUGCAAGGGCCCGAAUGCAGGAGCGGUUCCGCGAGGCCACCCCUAUCCAUGGGGCUGGCGGUUCACGCGAAGACCUAUUAACAAUGUUUAUGAAGACGCAAAAGACAAAGCCGGACGUCAUGACCGAAAAACGGGUACUGACCAUGGCAGUCUCGAUGGCCUUUGCCGGGUCCGAGACGACGGCGAUCAGUCUAGCCGCCGUAUUCUACUUCUUACUCAAGCAACCAAGCUGUCUGCAGCGGCUGCGCAACGAAAUAGACGAGGCUAUUCGCGCUGGCAAACUCACGGACCAUGCCUCGGGUGUUGUUUCGUGGACAGAGUCGCAGAAUCUGCCCUAUCUGGACGCCUGCAUCAAAGAAGCGUUCCGCAUGCACCCGGCCGCUGGCCUCCCCCUUGAACGAGUCGUCCCUCCCCAGGGCAUGGAUAUCUGCGGUGACUGGAUCCCCGGCAAUACGAUUGUCGGCUGCAGCGCGUGGGUGAUUCACCGGCAGGAAUCUGUGUUCGGGGAUGAUGUCGACACGUUUCGUCCGGAGCGAUGGCUCGACGCGGAUCCUGAACGGCUGAAGCUUAUGAACUCGGCUAUGUUUCAGUUCGGGGCUGGGUCUCGCACAUGUAUUGGGAAGAAUAUUAGUCUGAUGGAGAUCUAUAAGCUGGUUCCCAGUUUUUUGAGACGCUUUGAUGUGAGUUUAUUCAUUGAUUUGGACUGGGACCGGUCCUGGUUCUCGUGGGGGCACUGUUGA